UUCUUCAGUUCAUAUACAUGCCCAGAACACAGCACAACUGCAGGAAACAUCACAGCUGCAAGGGAAACUGUUUUGAUCCCAUCACUUUCUUCUUCUAAUUGUUUAUCAAUGACAUAAGUAAGGGAAAAGGCCAAAAUCGUGUAACAAAUUUUACAUAAGCCAUUAACUGACCUUUCUUUUAUUAGCCAUCUUGAGAAUACUAUAUAUAUCCCCUUCUAUGCCUUCAACUAUACCAGUCCACAGGGAGAACCAAGAAAAGAAAACUAGUAAUCCAAAAACUUCAAGUUUCCAACAGAAAGCGAAUAUGAAGGGAAUCAUCAUUUCAGCAAUUGCAGUGUUGGCCAUGAUUCAGUUCAUGGUUGAGCCAGGGCAGGCUCUUACUUGUGGUCAAGUGGAUGCUUCUUUAGCACCUUGUAUUCCCUACCUUACUCAGGGUGGUGAUCCAAAUGCAGCUUGCUGUAGUGGUGUGAAAGCGUUAGAAGGUAUGGCUCAAAACACUGCUGACAAGAGGGCUGCAUGUAAUUGUGUCAAGGCUGCAGCCAACCGGUAUGCAAACUUGAAGGAAGACGCUGCCCAGGCUCUCCCUACCAAGUGUGGUGUAACAUUGGACAUAACUGUUUCUAAGAGCGUCAACUGUGACCUGAUCAACUGAAAUUGAGGUCAUUGAUGAUGAAGGUGUGGAAGGAAUAAAAAGAGGAAGACUCACCGACUUCAUAUUUUGUUCUAUUUUUUUUUUCAAAUAAUAGUCUUAAGUGAUGAGAGAAAUACUGCUUGUAAUGAUCAAAGCUUUACCGAGCAUAAAGUGUUUCUGCAAUUUCCCAAGAUUAUUGAACUGUGACAAGGACAAUUUGAUAGUUUAUUUUGGCUUCAUCAUCUUUCAAAAGAUUGAUCAUUUACUCUAUCUAUGUCCCUCGUCCUAUGAAGUAUUCAUCCCUAAAAGGGAAGCACUAACCUGGAAUCUUCUAUUAAAUUUAGUAAAAUUGGAACAUGAUCUGUAUGAAUCUGGUACAUGCAAUCAAAUAGCAUAAAAUUGUUCAAGCCAGAAUUGGAUGUAUUCCUCCUAGUUAAGCUAGUAUCAUUCAGGCUCCAUUUGCAGAAAUUUGAUAGUCCAUUUAUUUUGGUUAGAAG